AGGAAUAUGUCCGAAAAGUUAUCAGAUUUCGACAUGGCCCCAAAGCCUCAAACCAGGAGGCCUUUUAACUCAAUGCAAUCUAUGUUGACAAAGCUCCAUUUGAAUUACAGCCUGAGAUUCUCAUUCAGUGCCCUGCCUCCGAGACUGGUGGAAAAAGUAUUCACAUUCCUCUCCGCCCCAGAUCAGAUCUGUUUCGGACUAAGCUGCAAAUAUAUACUAUGUUGUCUCAAGUCCUAUCUUGAGGAGCAGAAAACCCAGCUUUAUCAGUUUCUCCCCGUCGAAAAACGAAAGGACAUAUUCGCCAAGAUCGAACAACAACCCAGAGUACAGUUGCUACUUCGACUCGAGAGCGAUCGUUGGAGAUACUGCAGUGACUGUCAAGUUCUCCACCCAGCUUUUACCUGGCGGUCUUUACGCGAUUUGAAGGAAACGCAUACGAAGCAAUCGAAAUGUUGCUCUGCAUGUUCCUUUCUAAAAGGCAGUCUACGCUGUAUGCCAUAUGCUGGCGAAGUUGACAUUUGCCCGUGUACGAAAAUCACAUUCGUUGAUAAACUGAACUUGAUACGGCUAUGCAAAAAGGAGAAAAGGUUCGUGCCUGUCAGCAAUGGAAAGUCCAGUAGCGUUCCUCCCACCCAAAAGCCGUAUAAAGAUUUCCAGCAUUCCUGCGUGUUCAACGCAAACCCUUCGUUUAGGGUCAGAAUCAGGACUGAUCUUUUGUUCGAUGAUACGCACCAGAGACUGUGCCUGUACAAUUUUUAUGAGAUCUACACUGUACCCGGAUGUCCUUUAAAGAGCUUGCGAUCUAUCACCAUCUGUCCACACAGGGAUAUAGUGGAUUUUGCUCGGCAAAUCUUUCAUGAAGGUGGUUCAGGGUUUAUGGGGUGGGAGAAGAAUCGCUCAACCCGCUCUGCAAAAUUUAGUAGUUGGGCGAGGUAUGAGAAUGCAGAAGGUUGCUACUACUCCAUGACGAUAUCCACAGCGAGAGACUUGGGGAAAAGUGAUUGGCCAGAUAAAGCUUGGACUCGCCAAUCUUCUCGUCGAAAUACCCCCGGCGGGAAUGCUUAA